UAUUUUUGGACAUCUUUUAAUGGUUAGCAUCAACUCCAGGACAGUAUACCCUUGUUUUUUCGCCGAAAUUGGCUAACUUUCUACACGUUACCCAGCCGGGGAGCCGUUUUAUCGUCUACUUGAGAUUUUGUCUUACCACCCAGACUGAAAUGCAAGCAUCAGAUGCAGUCACUGGUGUUAACCUGAGAACCAAAGAUCUGCAUGACAGCCUUGUUCAAGACAUUCAGAAAGGAUUUCCACCUGAUGUCCUGCAUGACCUGUUUGAAGGUGUGAUUCCUGUUGAGUUGGCGCAUUGUCUCAAAGUCACAUAGUGAUAGCCGCAUCACACCAGAGGACAUCCUCCUCUUCCCCCUGGGACCUAAGGGAGGAAGAUCUCAGACCCGUUCCAUCAUUUUUCCAGUAGAGAUCACCCUGACACCCAGGACAACAUACUGUAAGGUUCCUCUAACACAGUGAAAAUGGAAGAAUCUGACGUCCUCAAACUUAGGGUCAUCCUUGACGAUGUCAAUGCUGAGAGGCUAAUUUUGCGCUCUCGUCCUGAGACUAUAAAUGCCCUCAUAUCUGAGGUGAAAAGUAAACUGAACCUGAUGUAUGAAUUCCGGCUUCAGUUUCAAGAUCCAGAUUUUGACAAUGCUUUAUGCAAUUUAGUGAACAUAGAGGACCUGCCAUCCAAGGCAACAGUUAAAGUAGUGAGGCUCAUUGAGGCAGAUCAGUCCUCUACGAGCACGGAUGAUACAGUGUUACUGUCUGACAAUACUGAAUCACCUGAGCGUCUUUGCCGGUGGCCAGAAGUCUUCAUUGUUCCAACAUUCUCAUAUGAGGUAGAGUACUCUCUGAGAGAAGGCAACUCUGUAUUUGAGAGAGAAGGGAAAUGUCUCCGAUUGACCAGAGAUCAAAAACACAACAUACUUGAUGUCAUGGCAGCUGAAAUAUACAAGCACAAAGCUUAUCCUAGUACCUCACAGAUUGGCAAGGCUGCAGAGGCUUUAGUCAGGAAACACCCCUGUCUCAAAGAACAAGGUUCCAAAACUGGGUGUGAGGGUUGGAAGAACAGCCUUCGCUUUAAGAUGGGCAACUACAGGACCAAACUUUGCAGGGCUGGUAUAAAAGAUGUGGCUGUAAAUGCAGGCAAGCGUAGCAGGACAAACCCAGAUGGCACACCUUCCAGGGCAAACAUCAAAAGACCAAGAAGAGGAGAAGUGAACUUCCUUCCCAAUUAUCCCUCUGGUGAAACAAAGGACACACUGGAGAUAUUGAGGCUUAACAUGGUGGAGGAGUUCAAGAAGACUUCUGCUGAAAGAGACAUGCUUCUCAUCAACCAACAAAUGCAGCGUACCUUUUCACUAAGGCGGGAAGAAGUCAUCAAUUCUUCUCCUCCGAUUGCUGAACUAAGGGACAGAUGGCCUGCACUCUUUUGUGAAGCCCAGCUCUACUGCGAAUUCCAUCGGAUUACCAAUCAAAAUCUGCAGUUUUCCUUUUAUUCUGCGUUGGAUAAAUACACAUCACAGCUGCUGAAAUUGUACAAGAAGAAGACGACUGGGAGUUUUGGAGAGAAGCUGCAGGAGGUUGUGACAGCAUAUGAAGAACAGGACAAGAACAACAUCACUGCAGCCAGAACAGCAGCCCUUGCCGGCCUAACACUGUACCUGAAAGAGGAUUCGUCAGACAUAUUCAAGACUUGCACGGACGAGUUUGAGGUGUCCCAGGAGGAAGCUGUGGCUUUGGUGGCAGUGGUCGCUGAAGAUGAGGGACUGACAGGAGUUCCUUUUGACACACAGCAUGUGUCCGUCAUCCUGGAAGGCCAGGUUGUGAUGUCUACAAGAACAUGGACUGACUCACUUGUUGUUUUGUUUGGUUUGAUGUAUGCUCUACAUUUGAGCUAUCCUGAAAAGCUGAGUGGCUUCUUUGAGUUUAUCCAAGUUGUCCUCCUUAAUCUUGAUGAAGGCCGAAAGCAGCUCAAACCAAAGUUGCAGGCAUUGAGAAAUGAGCUAGAGUAAAUGAUCAGCAUCUUUGUUGUUUUUCAUGUUCCUGAUAAUUAGUUCCUUGAAAAGUAAAAAUCCUGUACACUACUCUGGCUAAUUAUCAACAAUUUAUUAGAAAAAUCACAAAGGGUCAGUUGAGGUUCAGAGGGAUAGAAGCCUCGUGAUUUUUUUCUAAUAAAUUGGUCAUACAUAGCAAGAGUAGUGUGCAGGAUUUUUACUUUUCAAGCUAUUGUUUGUUUUGUGAUAGUUGGAUGUGUUAACACCUUAACUUGCUGGAGUUGUGUCUCUGGAGGAGAGCGGAGGCUUCAGUGUAUCGGAUGUGCCUCCAAACAGCUGUUUGAUUCAGUAGAUGUUGCUCUUGAGCACCAGCAUUAAACUAAAACAAAGAGUCUCACAUUGUUCCUUUUAAAGGCUAUGUGUUUAGUUGCUGUUGAAAUUGAUAGAGAUAUUGUGCCUGGUGUUUCUAGUGUUUUAUAUUACCAUAAAGAAAUGGCAUGUUUAAAAAGAAAAACAGAAGUAAACCUGUGUAAAUGACCACUUGAAAUGAACAUUGAAAUGUUUUGUAGUUAUUGAUGUUCAGCAUUCAGCUUAAUAAACGAUUUAAGUUGGAUCAGACA